UGAGUGAGAGCGCAGCCGCGGGAGCCAGCGGGCUCCCUCCGUUCCCGAAGGCCCGCCCCUGCUGGGGGCGCUUGUAGCUGUGCUUAAAAGGCGAGAGAUCGCUGUCCGCAAGAUUUUUCCUCGACAGAUCCUGCAGCGGUCCCUUCCCUUCUACUCUGCCUGUCUCUGUCCGCGUCACCGUUGCCAGCGCCUGGUCCGUGUCCUGCGCCUACCGCCUCCGGGUCCCGUGCCGCUGCCGGCCCUCUCCGACCCCUGCCACGAGGUAACGGGUCCCGAACGGAGCCCCCGUGGGUGUGGCCGGGGCUCACUUGCACCUUGUAGCCCUGUCACAGCACUUUGGUCUCCUCCUGCGCCCACCUCCGCGUUUCUGCCUCCUCCUGCAGUCCCCAUAACUCCCUACCCCCCAACUAGUCACGAUGUCAGAGGCGGCGGGAAAUCUCAAUAGCCUUCUCUUGGCGAAUGUGGCCCUGCGAGAGGAGUUAAAUGCCCUUCGAGGAGAAAAUGCCCAUCUGGGCCUGCAGCUCGGAAGAGCCUUGGCCGAGGUUAAUUCCUUGCGGGGCAAUGCCUCGAGCUACAUCCACUGGCCGGUGCCAAUAGUGCCGGUUCUUGCGGAGGAGAACUUUGAGUUCCUGCUCCAUGAGACCGAUCCCACUCCGGUGGAGGAAGUGCCUUUCCUGUGCUGGCCUCCUCCACGCACAGAUCCUGACUAUGUCUCAGAUGAUCUUUUGAUUAAUGUGGUCCAGGACUAUACCAACCCCGAGGGGUCCACUGACCCUCCUCUGUCACCCAGCCUGUCCCAACCAGAGCUGCACUCUCCUACCUCAAAGGAGCCACCCUUAGAGGUCCUUAUGCCACCGCUGGAGAGGCCAGACAUAGAACCCUUUUCAGGCGACCCAGUCUACCUGGCUGAAUUUCUGAUGCAGCUAGAGACCUUCAUAGCAGACCACGAAGACCACUUCCCUGGGGAUGCGGACCGGGUGGCCUUUCUGAUCUCCUUUUUCACAGGCGAGGCAAGAGACUGGGCUAUCUCAGUCACCCAGGAAGGAAGCUCAUUGUGCGCCAACUUCCCGCGCUUCCUGGAUGAACUCCGUAAGAAAUUCUGUGGCCCCAUCCCCUCACAUGUGGCUAAAAAGGCCAUCCGCAAGCUCAAGCAGGGAGACUGUACCCUGGGCAGCUAUGCAGAUGCUUUUCAGUUCUUGGCCCAGUUCUUGGCUUGGGAUGACUGUCGCCUCCAAAACCAAUUCCUCAAAGGCUUGUCAGAACUUUUCCGAAAGGAACUCUUAUGGUCAACUGAAAUGGCAGACCUGGAUGAGCUGAUUCUUGAGUGUGUGGAGAUAGAAAGGAAAGUGCGCGUCCCCAAGCCAAUCUCACUUCCUGGAGUUCAAAAUAGCUUCUGCCCCUUGGAUCCGAUUCCUAAUGAGGAUGACAAUGAAGGAAUAGAGUGCUACAGUGAGGAUGAGGGUGAGGGUGAAGAGGCAGGCAGGUACAGGCUGUAUUUGAAGGACCCGAGGAAGCACAUGACAGCUUUCCCACAAGAUCUGAGGGAGGAAGAGGAGGAGAUGAGGAAAGAGGAAGAAGAGAUGGAGGAUGAGGAAGAAGAUGAAGAUGAAGGCGGGGAUGAAGAAGAGGAAGAGGAAGAGGAGGAAGACAAGGAGGAGAUGAGGAGGAGUGAGGAUGGUGAUGACAAUACGUAUGAGCUUAGGGUCCUGGAACUAGAACAGGAGGAAGGGAGGGAGGAGAUCCAGUAUGAGCAUGUGUAUGUGCAUGACCACAUCCAUACACGUAUGUAUACACUUGCUGCCCACCAUCACGGCCUACAUGGAGAGCUGAUGGAGAUGGAUGAACCUCUCCUUGUUGACACUUCAACCCAGACCAUUAGCUCUGCAAUAGGCUACCAUGCUGAGAAUCACUUGGGCGUACCACCUUCCACAAUCCAUUCUAGCAGACAGAGGAACCAGACUCCAGUCCCACCUCUGGAGGGCCUUCCAGGUACCGAUUCUCCCUUCUACAGCUCACCACCACUCACUGGCCAUGCAGGUCGCUUGGGGCAACGCCAAAUGCGAAGACGUCCCUCCUCGGGGGUGCUGUUCUGCCUCACUCCUAGCCAGGGGAGCCACCGAGCUACUCAAGGCCGAAUCCGAGUGUGAAUGCUGGGGUGAGUCGGCCAUAGGGGAACACACCCUUCUACUGCACCCCUUAACCUUGCUAUUGCUGCUGUCUGUGCCCCAUCUACUGCCCAGUCCUUAAGAAAGCUCCAGCCCUGGAGACCUCAAAGAAGACCUGCAGAAUUCCAGACUGUUUUGUAACAACAACCAGAGAGUGAAAUGUGCCCAACCAAGGCCAUUUAGGAAAGGAGAGGUCAGUACUGAAGCCCUCUUGCCAUGUCCUCAGCUCUGUCCACGUACUAGUUGGAAAGCAAGUCUCUGGGCCUGUUCUUCUACGCGCACUGGUCACCUUUGUCUUUUCCUCUACUUGUCCCCAAUCUUUGCCUCUCCUGUGCAUCUUUGCCCUGUGUUCUACACCUUUAUCCUGACUGGUUCAACAGGACUUUGCCCAGGGCCUCGUGGAUCUGCCCCAGUCAGUGAUGUAAAGUACAGGCUACCCUAAACUCUUAAUGCUGCUGAGGCCACUUAUUAGACAAUGAAUAGGACAACAGCAAGACAUAUAUACUGGCCCUAUUUCCAGCAGAAGGGCCUGAAGAGGAGCCUCCAGCCAGUGCAGUGAGAGUAUGCAAAAGCACGUGUACAGUGGACGGCUUGAUGGAGACUGACUCUCUUUGGCUGAAGGAGGCAAACUGACUUCACUUUGAGCGCUGGGGUUUACCCUUCCCUCAGACUCCUGCACCAGGGCCCUUGAACAGGCUUUGGCCAGUUUCCCCUUGAUGUUGCCUAAAGGCAUUAUGGGUAGAAGGAGGCCCGAGGUGGCAGCAACACCACAACUCAGUGUGACAUCCUAAAGAGUGAACCGGGAACAGGGCCUUCUUUUCUUCGGCUAGGCUUUGGGCUGCAGCCUCAGCCAGAGGCCUCUGAGGAGACUGUGCUCAAGAUUGUGGGGAUGGCCUUGCUGGCCUGCUCUUUAAGCCCCUCUGACUCUAAGGAGUCCUCAGUUCUGAAAGGAGAAACCAGGGCUGGCUCUCCAGAGACUACAUUCGUUGUAGCACUGCUGUCUAGGCACCUCUAUGGCUGUCACGUGAGGGUCAAUCUCUCCCAGGCCUGUUGUUGAACUUCAAUUAGCCAGGGUGGCUUAAGGGGUGACUGCCUCCUAUAUAUACUCCAGGGACUUUUUGGGCACAAAUUCAGGUGCCCCUAGAAAGAGACCUGUGGUUCACUUUAGGUCCAGAAGAUACUGUUUCUGCAGUGAAAACUACACAUGUAUUCUAUCAAU